CUCUACUUUGCUUAAGAGGCUUUUAAAAAAUCUGGCCGCUCUGAUUUGAACAUUUUGUCAUUUUCAUUCGGAAUUAGGUAUUCUGCUGCUGUUCUACCGUGUCGUGCUCUUGUGAAUGGUGUGAAGUGAAUUGAAAGUGCUAAAGAAGUUUAGAAUUUAUUCUCUGCAUCACUCGUUUCGUUACAUUUCUUGCGACACCACGCUUAAGCUGGCCAAAUUGAUGAGGACGGCUGAUGAGUAGCAACCGGUCAGGCGACAGAGAUCGUAUUACUGUGAAGAUACGUAACAUGAAACGCAGUGCCUCGCGUGAUUCUCCACCAAGAUCAAAGAGGCGCGGUAGUAUUGGACGUUACGAGGGUAGCUCAGACGAACGCGUUAGUCCGGAUAGAAUGCGGCGCCGUAUUGCCAGAUCACCGAGUCCUCGAGGAGGCAGUGGCCGGUAUACUUCUCCUCAUCGUGAAGAGUAUUCUCGGAGUGCUCGAGAAACUGAACGGUAUUCAUACAAGGUAUUAUGUGUGAGUGCUUUGCAUCCGAAAGCAUCUGAUGAAUUUAUUAAGGAAACGUUGUAUCGUGAAUACAAAAAGUUUGGAGAUUUUAGCAUUCGGAUUUCGCAUGACUUAGAUGAACGCGUAGCUUAUGUGUGCUUCCGUACAUCGGAAGAUGCUCGGGAGGCGAAACAUGCAAAGUCUCGCAUUGUAUUGUACGAUAAAGUAGCUUUGGUUGAACCAGUGUACGAGUCAGCCAAAACUGAAUCCUAUCGUAGACCACGUUCUUCUUCACCACAGGAUUAUGAUCGUCAUUAUUAUGCUAGGUCUCCCGGAAUCCCUCCACCGGAAAGAAGACGCCCCGAGCAUCAUCCAUAUGAUAGUUAUGGUCCUCCACCAGGCCGUAUGCACCAUCCAGAUUUUCGUCCUCCAAUGCACCAUGAAUAUAUGCCACGUGGACCGCCGAUGCAUCAUCAUGGGCCUCCACAUAUGCAUCCAGGGCCUCCACAUCAUCAUUAUAUGCCCCGUCCUUAUAUGCCGCGUCCACGGGCACCAUUCGAUAAACCAGAAAAUAAAAAAGAUAAAUUUCCCAAUUAUUUACACCAUAUUCAGCCAGAAGAUGAUCCGUUAGCCACCAGAACAUUGUUUGCCGGUAAUCUUGAAAUUAACAUUUCUGAUGAUGAACUCCGCCGUAUAUUUGGCAAGUAUGGUAUCGUGGAGGAUAUUGACAUUAAACGACCACCUCCUGGAACAGGAAACGCAUUUGCUUUUGUUCGUUAUCAAACACUGGAUAUGGCACACCGUGCCAAAGUUGAGCUAUCGGGUCAAUACAUUGGCAAGUUCCAGUGUAAAAUAGGAUACGGUAAAGCUACACCAACUACGAGAAUUUGGGUUGGAGGUCUAGGUGCCUGGACUUCGGUUACUCAGUUAGAGCGAGAAUUUGAUCGAUUUGGCGCUAUCAAAAAGAUCGAAUAUAACAAAGGUGAUACUCAAGCCUUUAUUCUUUACGAUUCAAUCGACGCUGCCACUGCUGCUGUUAAAGAGAUGCGAGGUUUUCCUCUCGGUGCUCCAGACCGUAGAAUUCGUAUUGAUUUUGCUGAUAAUGGGACAACACCUGCUUUUCCGAAACGUGGUGGUGGAUUCGAAGAUGGAGGUGAAUAUCGUCGCGGUCCAGAAUAUGAUUUCCCGGAAGGCGCACCGGCUUAUGAAGAUGGACCUGGAUAUGGCGGAUAUGGAGGUCGACCAUUCCGAGGACGUGGUGGAUUCCGCGGUCGUGGAGGUUUUCGUGGAGGAUUCCAUCGUGAUGGACCUCCACAUCAUCACGGGGAAGGAGACGAUUGGCGUCGUCCUGGAGUGGAUGGCGACUAUGAAUCGCGUCGUAGGUCAGGCUCUCGAGAACCUGGUAUUGACAGAUCCCGCUCUCGUUCACCACGUCGACGCAGUCCGGCAGAUUCUGAUUCCGAUUCUUCCUCCCGCCGUACUGGAAUGUUAUCCAAUGCUAGAACUUUACCGGAAGUAGCCCGUAAAUCUACAACCGUGUGGCAAGGGGCGCUGAUUCUGAAGAGCUCGCUCUUCCCAGCCAAGUUUCAUCUGACCGAUGGAGACAACGAUAUCGUGGAAAGUUUAAUGAAAGAUGAGGAAGGCAAACAUCACCUUCGUAUUACUCAACGUCUUCGCUUGGAUCAGCCCAAGUUAGAAGAUGUACAAAAAAGAAUCUCCACUUCAUCAUCCCAUGCUAUUUUCCUUGGUUUGCCAGGAUCUACCUCAUCGGUAGCUUCGUCAGAUGAUGCUAGUGUGCAAACACGCCCAUUGCGUAAUUUGGUUUCGUAUUUGAAACAAAAAGAGGCGGCAGGCGUAAUAUCAUUGUUGAACAAAGAAACUGAAGCGACCGGGGUACUGUACUCCUUUCCUCCCUGUGAUUUCUCCACGGAACUACUAAAACGCACUUGUCAUAAUUUGACGGAAGAAGGAUUGAAGGAGGAUCACCUGGUCAUUGUGGUGGUCCGUGGUGGUACUGCCUGAGAAACGUAGGAGGAUGGCAGCACUAACGUAAAAGGUAAACAAAUACUUUAAUAAGUCAAACUUUUUAUAUCACACAUGCUAUCGACGAAUAGAAAAGAUCUAAUUAUUCAAUCUUAAAACCAAUCAUCGGGUAUCAUAAAACCGGUUUGCAUCCACAGCUCAGUGCACAAAAUAUCGCAUAAGACGUAUAAGAACAUGCGUGUCUUCUACUAAUUUCCUUUAUUACUGGUUGCUCGACAAAGAAUGUAGUGAAAAUGCAGCUGAAUCGAUUCGAUGGUGCACCGUUGGUUUUAAAUCUUUCCGCAAGUGAUGGUGUUUAGUGGAGCGCCUGUGAGAAUUGAGUGUACCUAAGUGGAAAAAAACACUCGAUUCAAAUAUAGGAAGAGCAGAAAAGAUGAGAUAUACACCUCGAGUGCGCCGAGUGAUCAGUGGAAGAAGUGUAACAGAUAACGGUACGUUGUAGUAUGUUUUACAAUGAGACGAAUUGUAUUAGAAAAAGAAGGCAGUGUAUAACAUCAUAAGUAUUCUAAAAGCUUUUAGAAUGUUCGUUCAUUACAUGGAAAAGUUUGGAUUCAGUCUUUAAGCCUGUUUUUAUUAAAUUUACGGAGUGUCCAUUGGAUUCCUUUUGCAACAUUAGAGAUAAAGUGAUUGUAUAAGUUGAAGUUGCAUAACUUAAAAGCAAUGAGAAUAUAUUCAAAAAGAGAGCUGUCAUCAUUUAGAAGAAAAAUGUGACUAUUAAGAUUAUAAAACUUACCGUUAUUAAUAAUAAUGAACUAGAUUUUGCUUAAAUUAGAGUGUUGGAAAAUAAACAUAUUGAAAAAGCAGACUUAUCAUCCAAAAGUUUUGUGAAAAUAUUGUCAUAAUAUGCAAAUAUAAGAGUACUGUGUUUUGGUGUAGUAGUUUCGCUUGAAUAAACUUGGAAUUCAUAUACUACUGAAAGGAAAUUGUGCUGAGAAUCACUGUAGAAUCUGAAGUGCUUGUUUAUUAUUCAGUUUUUUAAUUUGUGAUCAGAUAUCUUAUGAAAUUUGUUUUUAUUAAUCAUCUAUACGCUACAAUUAGGCCUGUGUUUGCGGGAGGAACGUAAGAGUUGUGAUAAGUGAACACUGGUGAUUUUGUUCAAUAGCAUUGCACAAAUGUGGGUUUAUUUUAUUUGUGUUGCAUAUAACAUCAGAAUGCACCUAAAAUUACACAUUGAAUACAAUUGAGUGAUUCAUAUUUUAUCUCCCAAUAUUGUUGGUGCCAAGUUGUGUUCAGUAGUUUUGUGUUUGUGUUUUGGUUGUGACUUUCUCUCUAAGAAGUUUAAUGCCAACAGUUUUGUGUUAUGUAAAUUCUUUAGGCCCUUUCGUGAACUUUAUUGGCUCAUUCAUGCUAAACUUGACUCCCAACCUACGUAAACGUGGUGAAUUGCAGUUGUGUUUUUAAUGUACUCUCUUAAUAAAGUGCAGUUCAGUGUGUGGGCACGGGAUGACCUAAUAAUCUCAUAUAUUCUGGGGAAUAAUCCAAUGAAAAGUUUGUGAUGUGUCAUGAUGAUGGGUGAAAUACUACCUUCACAUUACUCAUAUAAAGUGUAUAAGUGACCAGGCUUGGUUGUCCGUGCCACUGCACUGACCCUGCUGACGUCAUAACGUCAUACUUCUAGCGCCGAUGAUAGAAUGUAGCAUUUGUUUUUAAAAUUCUGAUUUUGAAAUUGGUUUUACAAAUGUUACCUUAUAUUUUAAGGCGCUCUUUCACUAACAGCGGAUUGUUGUUGAUUUAUUUUUAUCAAUAUUUGGUGAUGUGACUGAAAAUUAAAAUUAAAAUAUGUGAAAUUAAUUGACCUAUUUCUUGCUUUGUGACGAUUUUUUACACAAGUAUUAUAACCUAAGAAGUGACAGUGACACAGUUAAUACGUUAUUUAAACAAAUACGAAUGCUAGCUGAACAAGUUAUGGUAAUAUACGAUAAAUGUACUUAAAUGUCGCGUA